GGGGGGGGGGGGGGGGGGGGGGGGGGGGGGGGGGGGGGAAGAGAGAAAGUGUGGGUGAGGGGAGAGAGAGAAAAUGUGGGUGAGGGGAGAGAGAGAAAGUGUGGGUGAGGGGGAGAGACAGAAAGUGUGAGUGAGGAGGGGAGAGAGAGAAAGUGUGGGUGAGGAGGAGAGAGAGAGAAAGUGUGGGUGAGAGGGAGGGAGAGAGAAAGUGUGGGUGUGGGUGUCUAUGCAAUACAGAUCUACACCCACACCCUUAGUCCCCUUAGCCUCUCUGCCUUGGUAAAAACGGGGUGUUAUUUUUUAUUCAAAAUUCAAUUUGAAAUUAAAAAAACCCAUAGACUUCGAAAACAAGACAAUUUCAUUGGUUUCUUAUGAAUUUUCAUGCACUAUCUAGGUCAAAAAAUCUGACAGCAGAUCUUGUACGAAUAUAUGAAAUCGUACAAAAAAUCGUAGUCUCUGAAAUCUUACAUAAAUUCUUGCUGCAAGAUUUCUAUCAGAUCCUAGCGUCGCAUAAGAUUUUCUAAAAUCUUACAGUAAGAUUUGGCAAGACAACAAAAUCUGUCAAGAGUCUUACAGUAAGAAUUGAUGUAAGAUUUCAGAGACUAAGAUUUUUUGUACGAUUUGAUAUGAAUUGUACAAGAUCAUACAUGAUCAGACACAGAAUCUUGUCCGAUCUUAGUGUCUAAUUGUUUGCCCUGGGAUAAAUGUAUUUCAAAACUUCCAGAAGAAUUCAUGAGACUUCAAGAGGCUUCAUGAGACUUCAAAAGACUUCAUGAGACUUCAUAAGACUUUAUGAGACUUCAGAGACUUCAAGAGACUUUGUGAGACCUCAGAAGACUUCAAGAGACUUCAGAAGAUUUCGAAAGACUUUCAAGAUUUCAUGAGACUUCACGGCUGAAGUCUCUGCUGUUUCCCCCUUGCUUUAUAGUGAAGCUAGUGAAAUGCUUCUAAUAUUAGAAAUUUCUCAUAUAUUACGUUAUUUAAAUAUACUUUAUUAUUUGUCUUGAUAAAUUUUUUAGAUAAAAUAAUGCCUACAUUCACUCGAUUUAUUAACUGUUCUGAACGAAAAACAUUAUGGUCAAUUUUAUUGUUUCAAAUUGCGCUUGUGGUACUUAGCUGGUAUUUUAUUGAAAGUCUCCAAUCAAAUAACGAAUGUUGCACAAAAUUGAGACGAGAUUAUUUUUUUGCUUCACCAUAUAUCAAUGUGCCGGAUAAUUGUACCUGGUGGACCGUUUUUUGGUUUCGACUAAAUCGUUAUACAAUGUAUUUAGCGAACAUAUUUUUUUUUUAUAUUGUGGCUCACUAUUAUAUACCAAAAUUUCAUUUAUUAAUGUAUGUGUUUAUACACCAAGGCUUAAUGUUCAAUGCCCGUCGAGCUCAGGAACAAAAUAAUAUUUUUUAUCGGGAUGCACCAAUAUUCUUGCAUAUAAUAUUAGCUGUCCUGUACCUUGAAAAAGAACCUUUUCGUGAUUUAGAAUUGUUAAGCAAAUGGAUAGAAACUGAUAAAAAGAACGACGAACGAUUAAUUGCAUCAGCAGAUAUCGAUGCCCAAUAUUGGAUCGAUGUGAUUUUUAAGAUUAGACAAUGUGACGACAUCGUUUCUGUUAAAAAAAUCAUUAAACAAGCGGACAAUGAUAUUAAAAAAGACGAAUCGAUCUAUCAAUUUUUGGAUGAACCAAUGUUGCCUGAGCCAGAGAAAAAAAAUAUAAGUAUCUAUUUACUUGUUUUUAUUCAUAUGACAGCAUUUUUGUUAGUUGUAUUUUCUAUUUGGAAUCAUAUAUUAAUAUUUUAUCGAUACCUCUAUCUCCCGUUUCAUCGAGAAAAGGCUGCACAAAUCUCAUGAAUCAUUUUUUUUGUUCUUUAAAUGUUGUUAUUUUGAUGUGUAAAUAAAAUUGUUCUAAAAAAUAAAUUGAAUAUGAUUAUAUAAAGAAUUCAUGAAUUAUCUUAAUCGAAUUCAAAUAAUCGAUCCACUGUUUAUUUCAAUUCGAAAACAAAAUUAAAAUUAUUAUACCUAAACAUCAUUAUAAAAUAUUAAUGUGAAUACAGAAAUUUAUGUAAAGAGAACUAUGAUUAAAAAAAAGAGUAUAUCGUUUCGCAUUUCGAAAUUCGGUUCUUCUUCAGUUCAACGACAUCCCUACACUAUUGAUCAACUUAGACAAAGAACACCAAAGAGUGAGCAAGGGUGGAUCAAACAAUGUGAGUGCCGCGGUGUCGUUGAUCGAAAGAAGUACCUAAAUUUUUAAUUUUAAAAUUAUUUUAGAUAACAAAAAAAAACAAAAACUGUCAAAACAAACAAAAAAGGAUCAUCGACCAUUUCGGUAUCAACUACUUCAUGAACAUUUAAAUAAUAUAAUAUAAAUGUUGUUUAUCAUAUUCGGUAUCAUGAUACAAUUGAUCUUCAAACAAAUCAAGAUUUUAUUUGUACAAAUCAUUUUCUUCAAUCACUUGAAGUGAAGCUUAUUCUAUACUUUAUAAUAAAUUUAUUUCAUUAUCUGGUUCAUUUGAACAAGUAUGUUAAAAUAUUUAACUAAUUUAUAUGAAUUAUAUUCAAAACUUUUAUUUUCAUCAACAAUAACAAAUACAUUAACAACAAAAUACGUUCAUUUGGAGUUGAAUCAUUUCUAUAUUUAUUAUGUAAAAUAGAAAAUUAUCAACCAUUCAUUGAUUAUUUAUUUAAUAAAAAAGUAUCUGAUCAAAAUGAAAUUGAUAGUCUUGCAUUAGCUUUUAGUGAAACAUGUAAAAAUGUUCAAUCAACAUUUUAUUCAUGUACAAAAUUAUUAUUAUGUAUUUUUAAAUAA